CACCGCACUCAUCUCUCUCUCCCGGCCAAAUCCCACCCCAAAAUCCCCCAAUUGCCCAACCUCUCCGAGUUCGAGCGAGCGAGCGACCAUGUCUGGGCGCGGCAAGGGCGGCAAGGGGCUGGGCAAGGGCGGCGCGAAGCGUCACCGCAAGGUCCUCCGCGACAACAUCCAGGGCAUCACGAAGCCAGCGAUCCGGAGGCUGGCGAGGAGGGGCGGCGUGAAGCGCAUCUCCGGGCUCAUCUACGAGGAGACCCGCGGCGUGCUCAAGAUCUUCCUCGAGAACGUCAUCCGCGACGCCGUCACCUACACGGAGCACGCCCGCCGCAAGACCGUCACCGCCAUGGACGUCGUCUACGCGCUCAAGCGCCAGGGCCGCACCCUCUACGGAUUCGGCGGCUGAGGGGCGCCGCCGCCGCCCGGUGGCCGUGCCAAAAGUCUUGGGUCGCGGUCAAGAAAUCGUGGAGGAGGCGAGAGUGUUCUGGUCCAUAUGCUCUGUUUUCGUAGGCUUAUCAGUAGUGCUAAUUAUUGUUGGUUGG